AAUAAAGGCGCCGAAGAAGACAGCAGCUGCAGUAAAUAUUCAACGAAGAAGAAGAUAUCAGUAGUGUCAUGUAAUCAUAACAUGAUCAAGGUUAUCCCGAAGGUAGUGGAGUAAAAUAUGGAGAGCAUUUGAAGACAAAUAGAGUGCCGUCUUUUAUCGGAACCCAGGUAGCGAUGAGCGUCCCCUGUUUCUUGUCCGCCGCUGUCCGGAGCUUCCGCCUCUCCAGUCCGGCCACCGGUCUGCUGUGCUGCCGGCUACUGGGCCACAGCUCUUCCAUAAGAAGGAAUAUGUCCUCCAAAAGACAAAUGGACCAUUUAGAGAGGACAGCAAGCAACUACAGACAAAAUACUCUGUAUCCAGCUGAAGUAUGUGGAAUCAUAAAUGAGUCAGACACAGUAAAACGAUUGAGAAUAGCCGUCCAUCCAGAUUUCAUCUUUAAAGCAGGGCAGUGGGUGGAUUUCUUCAUCCCUGGUGUGGAAACGGUGGGAGGUUUCUCCAUGUGUUCCAACCCGGGUUUACUGCAGCGGGAAGGCGUUAUUGAAUUGGCCGUCAAAUACACCAAACACCCACCAGCACACUGGGUCCACACUGUGUGUACAGUCGGCUCCAGCGUGGCCAUGCGUGUCGGUGGAGAAUUCUUCUUUGACCCAUCACCCUCUGACCCCUCCGUGGAUUUGCUGUUGGUGGCGGGUGGUGUAGGGAUCAAUCCCCUGUACUCUGUUCUGCUGCACACGACAGAUCUGCUGCGCCUCAACCAAGCCUCAGGUGGUCGCGACUGCAACAUCGGCUCUGCACACCUCUGUUACAGCGCCAAGAACACCCAAGAACUGCUCUUCAAAGGCUCUAUCAUUGAAGCGUGUCGCGAGUUCCCUGACAAGUUGUCCUGCGAUUUCCACGUCACGCAACAGAGCACAGAUGUCGACCCGCACCUCCAGCCAUUUAUCAAGCGCGGGAGAAUCGCAGCGGAGGAGUUGCGGGCUCAUGUGGACCCACAAAGGACUAUGUGUUACUUGUGCGGACCCCCGCCCAUGAUUGAAGCAAUUUCAAAAACCCUCAUGGACCUCGGUCUCCCAAAAGACAGGAUCCUCUUUGAGAAGUGGUGGUAGGAACUCCAAGGAUUCCUAGAAACCAACAGGGCUUUCCUCCUUACAUGCACUCUUUUUUGCGGCGAUCAGGUGGAGGAUCUGUGGGUCGUGGAAUGGAAAGUGACUGAAAUUUCCCCCUGAUUUGAAUAUUAAUACAAGUGAAUAGAUGAGGAAAUUCAUUCUCCGAUCCCUGCUGCUGCAGCCUGUGCCUGAUCUGUGAUAGACUGCUGGGACCACCCACUUCUCAGCUAGCAGCUCACUCACAAAGACAAUAGAGAUUAAUUUUAUUUCUCAUAAUAUAAACAGGAAGACAUCUGCAACUUCUGUGCCCUCUUCUUGUGUGUAUUAGAUACUUUGUGACGCAAAUGUUGCAUAACUUCAAAAUCCAUUCGCAGUUCUAGCCAAUAUGUACUUAGUGUAGCGUGCAUCAAAAUAUUAAUCUAUGCAAUGAUGUCCUAAUGCAAUAGUUUUACAGUUUGGGAAAUAGGAUUUUGCUUUUUUGAAAUGAUUUAUUCUGCUUUGGAAUGUAAAGCUACAUCGGGAAGUUUAAAAACAGCAUGGUCUGGUUUUAUGAAGGGUUAUGUGGCAUGGCAAGCUGAUUUAAAAUUCAAUAGCUGAAUUUGACUAUCCAGAAUUAGAAUGACCGACAUCGGUGUCUUUUUGCCCAGUUGUACUUACACUGUAGCUGGAUUUUCAUUUAAGAUAUCUAUACAUUAUACUGACUGGUCAAAAUGACAGACAUAUCUGGAACUAAGUUUGACUUCCCACUGGAUAUUGAUUGGUCCAGCAAAGCAUUUCAACAGUAUCAACAGAAGUAAUGGCAGCUGCUGCGGUGGAUACAAUGGUGAAGUACAAAGAGCUCAUCAGUAGGGAGUUUGUGGGAAAUGAGAGAUUUGUUCACUAAAAACCUGUGAUGAAAAUUACCCAGAAGACCUCUCAGACAUUGCAGUAGAAACAAUUUGUCAUAUACUGUCACGGUUGCAGUGUCAUAGUAUGUUUGAAAAGGAAGCUGACCCCGCCUCCGACUUUCUGUAGCUUAAUAUCUUACUACAGAUAUCUGCUAAAUCAUUUUGCCCACUCAAAGCUUUUAUUCAAGAUCUCUGUAAUUAUAUUAGGAUUUGGAAGAAUUGGAGAUUGAGAUAUCUGCUAUCCCAUAUGCAUGAAUGGUGAUGCCAUUUGUCCGAGGACGGGCGGUGAUGCAGAUAUCAGAAAUGACAAAUGUGGAUAGGAAGAGUGACAUUGUGGAUGUCUGAAAUGUUCUUUUUGACUUGGAAGAAUUGAAUUAGGGAUAUCUGCUAAUACAUAUCCAGUCCAGCCAUUAAAGAGAGACUCAGACUGAGAGUCGCUCAACCCGGGAGAGGAAGAGCAAAAUGAGGAUGAUGAUGUUGCUGUCACAUCUUUCUCCAGAGUUUUUACUACUAACACAUGAUUAUUACUCUCUCUCUUUUGAGUACAAUUUGGAUAAACAGUCCAGCACAUACCCUUCUGUAAAGCUUUUAACUUGUUUUUUACUCCAUUUUAUGUAUGGGUGAAGCAGACUUCCUGAGGUGUGACAAACAGCACGACAUUUCUAGAGAAUUUACAAAUUUGUGUCACGUGUAUCCUUCCGGAGAGGCCUAUUCAUGCUUUCCGUGUCCACGGUAAAGUUAGGCAAAGUUAUCCAGCUGCUUGUUUGAGCUUCGUAUUUAGUGGACAGAUGUGAGAAUGCUAUUAAUCUGCAACAAGAGAGCAAAUUAGUUUAUUUCCCUAAAAUGUAAAGCUAUUGCUUAGGACACAGAAUCAUUGCAAACAUGGCAAUCUGUACUGUUAUUUUACACUGUACAUACAUAUUUAAUGAGUAAUUUUCUCAUAAAAUACCUCGGAUGAUUUGGUACAAGUUGUUUUUAGAAGUGUUGUACUUAAAUACACAAGUAUUUAUUUGCAGAGCUGAAGAUUUUGAAGUUUUUUGGCUGAUAGGCUUGACUGAGUUACAUUGGAACGAUUGUUUUUCACUGCUCAACUUCACACCACUGAGCGUAUUUUUAGAGUCAACACUUAACAGGCUCCCACAUAUUGGCGAGCAAUGAUAAACGGAAAGACAUCUGCAACUUCACUGCCGCCUUCUUGCGUACAAAUGGUACACAUUCACACUGUUUCACACACACACAUUUCCUAUCUCCUACACACUCUCUGCUGCAAUCACACACGUCCACAAACUGUUCCUCAUCCCGGGGUAGAGUAAGUAUCCCACGGUGCCCUGUAAUGGAACCUCCAGGUGGUCUCUCAUUGGCUUGGUUCACUGAACAUCCCUCGGAGAUGGUCGCGAGUUUCUUGUCGUCAUCUCAGUGGGGGUAGCGAUGUCGAGACUCAUUCUUGAGUUGUUUCUGCAUUUCUUCCUCAUAUGAGGAAAACUGUUUAUGACUGUAACACGAGGUUUGACGAUAAUAAAGAAAAUAGAGUCGAUCUUUUUUAAA